AUGGCCAUGUCACUGCGAGCUGCGCGACUCCUGGGCCGCCGAGUGGCUGUCCUGCCCUCGAGUCUUCGCCUGUCCCGCGUCGCGACGCAGUCCUCUCGCCUCAACCUCGCCCCACGCGCUUUCGGCACGACAGCUGCCCGCCGUGACACACCGGACGUCUUCCCCUCUCUGCGGGAAGGCCCUGCCGCCAACUUCCUCGGCACCUUCCAGGAGACCCCCAAGACGCCGCAGACCCUCACAGAGAAGAUUGUCCAGCGCCAUGCAGUCGGCGUCGCAGAGGGCAAGCUCAUCCGCUCGGGCGACUAUGUGACCCUGCAGCCCGCCAAGUGCAUGACCCACGACAACUCGUGGCCUGUUGCGCUCAAGUUCAUGUCCAUUGGCGCCACCAAGAUCAACGACCCCAAGCAGAUUGUCAUGACCCUCGAUCACGACGUCCAGAACAAGACGGAGAAGAACUUGAAAAAGUACAGCCAGAUCGAGGACUUCGCCGCCAAGAACGACGUGGUCUUCUACGGCGCUGGACGCGGCAUCGGCCACCAGAUCAUGGUCGAGGAGGGCUACGCCUGGCCGGGCACACUCGCCGUCGCCUCGGACAGUCACUCGAACAUGUACGGUGGCAUUGGAUGUCUCGGCACGCCUGUGGUGCGUACAGAUGCUGCUAGUAUCUGGGCCACCGGGAAGACUUGGUGGCAGGUCCCGCCUGUGGCCAAGGUCACCUUGAGCGGCACCAUGCCCAAGGGUGUCACUGGAAAGGACGUCAUUGUUGCUCUCGCGGGCCUCUUCAACAAGGACGAGGUUCUCAACCACGCCAUCGAGUUCACGGGAUCCGACGACACCCUGCGCACGAUCCCCGUCGACGACCGCCUUACCAUCGCCAACAUGACAACUGAAUGGGGUGCUCUUACUGGUCUGUUCCCCAUCGACUCGGUCCUGCACGGCUGGCUUCGCGCUAGGGCUACGUUGGCAGCCAUGGGCGAGGGCGAGGCCAAGGACCACCAUCAGAAGCAGUUCGUACACGAGCGCAUCGACGAGCUCUUCACAGCUACCGGCAUUGUCGGACAACAGCUUGGCCACAUCUGGAAGCCGGCGUUGGCUGCCGACAAGGGAGCUGUCUACGCCAAAGAGCUCUUCCUCGACUUGUCCACCCUGUCACCCUACGUCGCUGGUCCCAACUCCGUCAAGGUCGCCACCCCUCUCAUCGAGCUUCAGAACCAGGACAUCAAGAUCAACAAGGCUUACCUCGUCUCGUGCACCAACUCCCGCGCAUCUGAUCUUGCGGCCGCUGCCAAGGUCUUCAAGGAGGCCGCUGCUGCAAACGGCGACAAGGUCCCCAAGAUCCCUGACCACGUCAACUUUUACAUCGCUGCUGCAUCCAUCCCGGAGCAGAAGGCUGCUGAGGAGUCCGGUGAUUGGCAGACUCUCCUCGAAGCAGGUGCUCAGCCACUGCCUUCCGGAUGUGGUCCGUGUAUUGGCCUGGGUACAGGUCUGCUCGAGCCCGGUGAGGUCGGCAUCAGCGCCAGCAACCGUAACUUCAAGGGCCGCAUGGGCUCUCCCGACGCCAAGGCGUACCUAGCUAGCCCCGAGGUCGUCGCCGCCAGCGCGCUUUCCGGCAAAAUCUCCGGUCCCGGAUGGUACGAAGCACCCGAAGACUACGCGGGUGUCCGUCGCGGACAAGGCGACGGUAUCCCUGAGGAAGAGCGCAUGAUGACCAUCGAGGACAUGAUCGAGAAGGCCAUCAAGGAUGCGGAAUCAGCCAUUGGCGCCUUUGACACCGAACCUGACGUCCAGGCCGCCAGCGAGCCCGCAGCAACAUCUCCGCAAGCCGAGACCCUCACUGAAAUCCUCCCCGGCUUCCCCGAGAAGAUCUCCGGUGAGAUUGUCUUCUGCGACGCAGACAACAUCAACACCGACGGCAUCUACCCCGGCAAAUACACAUACCAGGACGACGUAAGCCGCGAGAAGAUGGCCCAAGUCUGCAUGGAGAACUACGACCCCAGCUUCGGGCAAAGCGCAAAGGCCGGCGACAUUCUCGUCUCGGGCUUCAACUUUGGCUGCGGCAGCAGCCGUGAGCAGGCCGCGACUGCCAUCCUGGCCAAGGGCAUCCCGCUGGUGGUUGCUGGCAGCUUCGGCAACAUCUUCAGCAGGAACAGCAUCAACAACGCGCUGAUGGGCGUUGAGGUGCCCAAGCUGGCCAACAGGCUGAGAGACGUCUUCUCGUCCAAGAGCGUCGAGACGAGCCAGCAGGCUAUCAAGGAGCCCAGCCAGAACAGCCAGUCGCUUGACUCGCCGCCACCUGCUGCUACCGCUCAGCCCGCCGAGGCCAGGCAGCUGACUCGCAGGACCGGCUGGACGCUCGAGUGGGACGUUCGCAGGAGCACUGUCAACGUGCAGGAGGGCCCCAACGGAGCCAAGUGGAACGUCAAGGUCGGUGAGCUUCCUCCCAACGUGCAGGAGAUCAUCGCUCUUGGUGGCCUUGAGAACUGGGUCAGGAAGGAGAUUGGCGGUACCGUUUGA